CAUUUUCAGUAGACAGGAACCCAGUCCAUAUUAUUGUUUACUUCGUGAUCACACGUGGACGAAAUGCAGCCUGCAGAUCGACUGUUUUACUCUAUCCCUAAGUCUGACCGAGAGUCUGGCGAUGUGACCGGAGGGUUUGGCAGUUCCCUUAACAGUGCUAAACUUUUGGAAACAGUCAGAAACAGUGUGAUCGGGAGGAACAAAGUAUUUAGCGGUCCGUUUGGCCUACGUGAAGUCACCUAUCUGGACUACAUCGCAUCAGGGAGAGCUUUGUCUUUCAUAGAGGACUACAUCAGGAGUGAGGUUCUCCCGGAGUACGGCAACACACACACUACCACCAGCGUCACGUCACUCCAGACUACCCUCUACAGGCAUGAGGCCAGGGACAUCAUCCGUAAUGCUGUUCAUGCGAGUGAACAUGACUCUGUGAUAUUUGUCGGCAGUGGUUGUACCGGGGCUGUGCAUAAACUCAUCCAUGCACUGAACCUCCAGAAACCUCCUGUGGUGUUUGUGGGCCCCUACGAGCAUCACUCCAUCCUCCUGCCCUGGAAGGAGACCGGCGCCGAGGUUGUGAGAAUAAAACUGACAGGUUCGGGACUGGUUGACUGCAGGCAUCUGGAGAACCAGCUCAAGAAAUGGAAGAGCAAAGGGAGACAACUCAUUGGCUGUUUCUCCGCAGCAUCCAACAUCACAGGCAUCUUGACGGAUGUCAACCGAAUCACCAUCUGCCUACACAAGCACGGAGCGCUUGCAUUCUGGGACUACGCCACGGCGGCACCGUACGUCCGGAUAGACAUGAACCCAAUAGUUCCAGGGAGUGACCAGCCUUACGUGUACAAGGAUGCAGUGUUUAUUUCCCCCCACAAGUUUGUAGGAGGGGCUGCCACACCUGGUGUGCUGAUCGCCAAGAAAAGCUUGUUCCAGAGUGUGGCCCCCGAGGGUGGGGGAGGGGGCUCUGUCUUCUAUGUGAGGCGAGACAGUCACCGCUACCUGCAGGAGCCGGAGAUGAGGGAGGAGGGGGGGACACCGCCCAUCGUCGAAUCCGUCAGAGCUGGCCUCGUGUUCCAGCUGAAGGAGGCAGUCACACCUGAAGUCAUCAUGCAGCGAGAGCAGGAGCUGUGCAGGCUGGCUGUGGAAUCCCUCUCAUCAUGUGACAACCUCAUCAUCCUUGGUAACCAGGAUGCCCCUAGACUCCCCAUCUUCUCCUUCCUCAUCUACAAUCCCACCACCGGCAGGUUCCUCCAUCACAACUUCGUCAGCACCAUCCUCAAUGAUGUGUUUGGCAUCCAGGCUCGUGGAGGAUGUGCUUGUGCAGGACCCUAUGCUAUGGAUCUACUUGGUCUGGACGAAGUUACGGCGGAGAAAAUAGAGAAACUUUUGGUGGAAGACAGUCGCCUGGACAGAACACAUCUGAGGAGAUACCGGGAGUACUCACACAGAGAGAUACUGAGACCUGGCUUCACCCGACUCAACCUGCCCUACUUCCUGGAUGAUGCAUGCCUGGACUUUGUGAUGGAGGCCGUCAAGAUGGUGGCCGACCAUGCCUGGAAACUGCUGCCUCAGUACAUCUUCAACCCCGAGACUGGUGAGUGGAGACAGAAGAACUUCCAGGUGUUCCGAGACCGCAGAUGGCUGGGACACAUCUCUUACGUGACAGGGGAGAUGAAAUACAAGGUGCCGCCCCCUGUUGUGAAGGGACCACUGCCGUCAGGAUACGAGGACUGUCUUGACAAGGCCAGAGCUGUUUUCAAGCAAGCAGAAAAGCCCCGCGUACAGCUGCCUGACCAGACACUUCUGUUUGAUGACCAGUCACGUCCAUACAGAUGGUUCAUGCUACCUAGUGAAGCUCUGGACUGUGUCCAUGGCAACAGGGUCACACAGGUCGCACCCUCUGACCUGCCUUUUCUACCUCCACCACUGAAGAGCAGACUUGGAUUGACCAAUGGCAGGGAGGAACCUAACAGUGAUGAACUAGAAGAUGAUGAAAAUAUUUUAGGGUGUGAAGAUCAAAGCAAUAAUAAUUCUGAGAUUAUUCCGGCAUUUUCUGAAGGAAUGGUUGAAUGUUUAGAGAGGGGAUUUGAAGAUGGAGCACCUGUGAAUAAGAUUCAGUUGACGGAUAAUGAACCUCAGUCAUCAGCAGAAAAUAUUUCUGGAGCAACUUCAACAUCAGACUCUGUUGCAACAGGAAGCCUAAUAGAAGAAUCUGCUGCUGAAGUUGAUAAGGAAACUCUAUCUUUGAUGGUCCCAAGUACACAGGGGGAUAGCUCGCUUCCAGCCAUGAGUUCCAGUAAGUCUGGAGAGACCAGUGAUACAGAAAAGAAUCAAGGUGAAAAUAAACAGUUGAAUCAUUCUUUCCAAUCACCGUCGAUUGCCAGCCAGCAAGAAAGUGUAAAUGCCGCCUGUGAAGACAUUGGAGGAAGUGGUCAGCAACAGGGGUCAGUGGAGGGGUCAGUUUGUCCCUUGGUCUGUCCGCGUCCACAGAAGCCAGCCCCUGCUGGUGGCGCUGAGGGAGCAGAACUACCCAAGUGUAAAUGGUUCUCUCCCCCUAAAACAAUAUUCAAGGCAACAGUGAAGGCAGUGGAGGAACACAACAUGAUCCACGAUGGCGACCGUCUGCUUGUGUGUCUGUCGGGAGGCAAGGACUCGCUGUCGCUGCUGCACACCAUCAGACAGUACCAGUUCUACUGCAAGGGGCAGGGAGUCCACUUUGAUUUUGGCGCUGUGACAGUUGAUCCCCAGACCCCAGCGUACGAUCCCAGCCCCCUGAAACAAUACCUCAAGGUGCUGGGGGUGCCAUAUUUCUACGAGUCACAAUGUAUCCUGGAGACGGCCGAGAACCUGCCCGACGGCUGUGCAUCUAUCUGCAGCUUCUGCAGCCGCAUGAAGCGUGGCCGCAUCUACGCCGCCGCCCGUAGGGAAGGAUACAACGUGCUGGCUCUCGGACAGCAUCUGGAUGACCUGGCAGAGAGUUUCCUGAUGUCCUUUUUUCACAACGGUGUGAUCAGAACAAUGAAGGCACACUACACUGUCCAAGAUGGGGAUUUGAGGGUUAUCAGACCUUUUGUGUUUGUACGAGAGAAGGAGCUUCGCAACUUUGCUGAAAAGAACAAGCUACCUGUGAUAGCAGAAAACUGUCCUGCGUGCUUCGAGGCUCCUAAGGAACGUCAUCGGACGAAGCAGCUGCUAGCCUCUCAGGAGCUGCUGUUCCCACACCUGUACAACAGCAUCAUGGCCGCCAUGAAGCCGGUGAUGGCCAUCAGCAGGACUGGCCACAGCUUUACCCAGGCUGCAGCCAAGGAGGGGGACGAAGAGGAGGAGGACAUUGAUGCAGUGUGAUGUCAAACAAUAUAGAAUUGAUUAAUUUAAGUCAAAUUUUGUAACCACUGAACUGGCUUGAAUGGUGGAGCAGUUUUAGACACCGGAUUUCGUAUAAGAAGACACAUCAUUUUGUUGUCUUGGGUAUAUAGGUCCCCAGUAACCAGGUCUUGUGCAUUAGUAUCUCAAGUCGGACAGGCCACCAUGAUAUAGCAGUAACAUUUGUGACUGAAGGGUUACAGAUGAUUCACUCAGUCAUGACACAGUAAAACGAUACACUUUCACCUUGCAGACUUGUAUUCAUAAGCAGAUAUACAUCUAUGUACAUCAACGAUAGCAGGUUUUAUUUCUGAUGUUUUGAAAGUCAAUAGAUAAUUCAUUGCAGAUUAAACAUAAUUAGUUCAGGAAAUGAAAUAUCUUUUUGUUAUGUUUCACAUGAAAUAUGAAAUGACUUACUUUGAUGUCUACUUAUAGUGAUUCGGGGGCAAGGGUGGCCCAAUCGUCUGAUGCGCUGUGAUUUGCUGUGCAGAGUCCCUUGGGCACGCCAGAAACCUAUGAUUGUGGGUUCGAAUCCUGGUUUGCCUGAUUAUGUUUCUAGGUUUGUC